AUGCGAUUUUACUUUAGAUAUGUCAAUCCAAUUUUACGCACUGUUAGCACUGCACUUAGAGUAAUUUGUGCUGUACAUAUUACAAAUGAAUAUUUUAUAGAAAUUACGCAGUGUAUGGGACCUUCAAUGUUGCCAACUUUUAAUGUGGUUGGAGAUUUUGUAGCAUUAGAACAUUUUAGCCCUCGUUUACGACGUUUAGAAAUCGGGGAUGUAAUAGUAUGUAAAUCUCCUACAAAUCCUUGGAGAUCUGUAUGCAAAAGAAUAGUAGGAAUGCCAGGAGAUCGAAUAUGUAUAGACCCCACCGUCAUUCAUCGAAAAUUUAUCACUGGAGAUAAUAUGAGCAAUUCUACAGAUUCCAGAAGUUAUGGACCCAUUCCUUAUGCUUUGAUUGGAGGAAAAGUAUUUGCUAGAGUUUGGCCAAAUCCGUGUUGGAUUAAGAAUGGUCUAAUUACUCUCGAGGAAAAUUAG